AUGACCAAGGUCACUGGAUUACAGGAACGUUUCCAAGGUCUGAUGCCGAUGGACCUUGGUACUAGGGACCAGGGGUUUGGUACAGGUGCCGCGGACCCAACGGGUCCCUUGACCGCAGUUCAAGGCCCUGUCUGUACUAGUGACUACUGGCCGUUGUCCUGGUUGGCCUCUUUGCCAGUGAGGUCAACGGGGAGCCAUGUCUUCUCGGAGGAACCAAAUUGA